CGCUGCAGGACACGCAAAACGGGCAUAGGGAAUAUAGGCACUUUGAUGCCUGUGAGACGUGUAACAACUACUAUUACUACUUACUAAUACUACUCAUGCUACUACUACUACUAUGUACUACGUUUUAGUAUUACUCAUAGUAAAACACACAGAACGAAACACAGAGAAACGUUAGAAUUCUGGGUUCCUUGGUGCGAGAGAAAAGAACUCUGAAAGCAGAAACAGAUAAGUAGCGAUGAGCCAAGAAGUUUACAAAUGAGACACAAAUCAAAAUACCGUUGGUCAAAGUUUUUUUCUCGAAGAAAAAAACCACCCCCGGCGGGGAAGGUCACUCGUCGUUCAAUCUCUAGAAGAAAACCCAUUUUUACUGUCCCAGCAUUAGGUUCUAAUUAGCAAAAGGAAAAACGGGAAAACUCCUAACUGCGUUUUCUUCGAGUUCUCUCCAUCACUCCCUCUCUAUCUUCCUGUCUCUGUCUCUCUUUCUAUCUGUCCUUUAGUGUAGACCCUUAAAAGUAGAGCUUUUUAAUGCUAAAACAUUAUCUCUAGACAAAUGGACGGAUAGAGUCUCCAAUUCUGUGGAGCAGGAACGCAACGAGAGGGCGUAUAUUGCAAUUUCUAGGUGAAUGCCGUGUUGGUAAUAAGCUUGAAUCGCUCGAGGCGGGCAGAGAAAUGUAUUAGUGAAAUGAAUGAGGGUUGCAGCGAGGAUUUAAUAGAAAAGAAAAGUCGAUGGUUGGGUGGUUGAAUUUAGAAAACAUUUAACGUAAAGAGAAUGUAAAUGAAAGAUAAUGCAUAGAUAAUAGAUACUUUCAUAACACGUUCACGUAAUUGAUAACUAAUUAAUUCAAGUUAUAAAAAUAAAAACGGGCAAAACAAGCAGACAGAAAAACCGCAUUGUAAAUCGGAACGAUCCAUGUUCCAUGGAACAUUCAAGCUAGACAGAAAGCAACAACAGGAUAAUGAAAUGGAUUAAAUCAAAAGGAAAAAUUAAACACAUUUAAACGUGCAGAUGGAGGCGGAUGUUUUAAAAUUGAAAUCUAAACUAAAAUUAAUAGGUAUAGACGUAUAUAUAUGAACUACACAUAUAUAUAUAUAUGAUACAAUUAGUAAAAAAGCAGAAGGGAUUCAUUUCCCUCAGAUUCAACCAAACCCCGCCUCCGGGGUGGGGAGGACAACCGUUCUCGUUACGAAAAAUUUCCCGAGGGAACGUUGACAGAAGUAGACUAAAUUCUAGCAACAAAAAAUAGGAAAAAAAAGAUGAAUCUUUAUGAAAGAAGGGACAAGUAUCUUCCAACAUGUUUCACAAUGAUUAGAUCGAAGGAGAAGUGAUUUGUUUUUUGUUCCAAAACUUAAUUUAACAAAACAAAACCAAACAAACCAAUUGUUAGUCUCGAGAAACGUGUCAGUCAUAUGGCGAAUCGAAGUGGUCCGCGCGGAGCAAAGCCACUGCCACGUUGAUCUGAACUGGUUCCCUUUCUCUGCCGAACGUUUUCUCUGAACGGACCAAAAACCAAUGAUGAUAUUUGAUGAUAGUGAACCUACUCAUGGUGUGAAUGUAUGUGACACAGCCGGCUGAUGAAGCUGUAAAUAGAGAAGUGUGCUAUGGUAAUGCGAUAGCACAGGACACUGAAAUGAUGCUGAAACAACACAUUAAUGUGGAAGGCGAUCAACGACAAGGAGACGGCCAGUUGCAGUGCGUCUGUGCAUGGUUGUAAUGUAUGAGUUGCCGUGAGGAGACGCAACUCCAGUACACUGAAUUUAAGUUUAAACCAAUCGUAAACGGAUCUCCUAGUUAAACCUGUUAUCAGUUGUGAUGAAUUGGUUAUGCGCAUGGAAAAAUUCGUAACACAAAAACUGCCAUUUUGGAAGGUUCGUAAAUUGAUCGCAAGCAAUGAACUUCCUCCUUUUGAAUUGAAUUAUACGAUCUCCGCCCUUACCGGAAACCCAGCGAUACGGCUGGCCGAAACUCAGCAAUUUAACAUGAUCAAACUGCCAACACGUUGCCAUCGAGCGAACACAAGGCUUCACGUGACAACCAACGUAAUCAAAGUUAGUCGGGCAAGUCGGGCAUCGAAAACUAUCUUUAGUGAUCUUUUCUCUUUCGGAAUUAAAAGAAAAAGAAGAAGAAUAAGCAGCAUUCCCGUUAACACAACCACUGACUGCCAAAACGCAUGUAACAACGCGCACUGAUAUUCGAUCGAUAGAGGAUAUCGAUAGCUUCUUAGCAUAAAUUGAACAGUUGAAUUCAAAAAAGGACAAUUUCGUGUGACAAGUACAGAGGAGAGAACGAGAGCACGAGACGUGUAUAUCGGGUGGAGGGUUAUUGACUAUUAAAGAAGGAAUCGUUUAGGAUAUGCCGCUACCGCGGGCAACGUUUAGGAAAGCUUAUUAGGAAUGAAUAGUAGAGAAAUGUGUUUGUUGAUAUCUCUUCGGUUUACCAUUAUUUCUGCUAAGUAACGUUACUCAGAGCAUCGGUAAGAGGUAGAACUGAUAGAAGGUGAAGCGUAACACAUGUUAGUGAAGGCGAAUGCUGUGCAAUUGAACACUCGUUAAAACAGAAGCAAGGAUUUACUACUACCGACAAAAAUUCCACCCUACACUUUGCAUGGGAUGAGUAUUUUCCGGUUUCUUCAUAUCAUAUUGCUCCGUUUUCACCAAUUUGUCGUCUUCAUCCAUUGUUUCACCCCACAAAUUUCCUGUUUUCGACCUCCUUUGGUCAUCCCAUUUGUACAUAAAACCCUGGUGAUCUAGUCAAUCGUAUUAGAAAAAAAGGAAGAACACGUUUGAGCCCCGAGAAUCGAUUACAGAAUGAGUCUUAAGAAAUCAUUUUUCCCUGUCCUUUCGAGAGAGAAAUGGAAUUCAUAAAAGAAAAAUCAUAAAAAGAACAGCGACGCCCAUUUUCGAACUAAAUCCAGCUCGCUGGCUCUGUCGGCGAAAAAAACUAGGAUACGCUGAGCCGAAAAACCGAACAGAGAGAGGACUAAACCACUAAUCAAAUUCAACUUAAAAAAUAAAAUACAGUCCCUCCUUACAGUAAACUUUUUGUGUUCUACCAAUCCAAUAGUUGCAAACUAGGCAGAAGUACACACAAAACAAAAAUUCUGUAUAUUCAACCAUGAAAUGAAGUACCGUACGGACGCUAAUGGAGCGACGAUUAAGCUUCACUGCAGCAGCAGCCACAACCAAAGCAGGCUUUCAGUUCGAUGCAACCCUACCAAUAUGAACACGACGAAUCCAAAACAAUUCAAGACAAUAAAAGGGAUGGAGGCGCAUGGUUGGAAGAAUAAACGAACGAAAGAGAAGUGUAGAAACCGGUGUACCCACCGCUUGUACAUCUUGGAUAAUUCUCUCGAGAGGCUAGAUUUGUAUGUUAAGGGGAGAAUAAACCGGGGAGGAUAUGGGGCACAACUACUACUGAGACGGGCCAUUAGUCAAAAUGUGUUUCAUGUGUUGCCAUGGAUUAAGCAUGUUUACUUCUUUCUUUGAAGUUAGACCAUUUAUCGACAAGAUUCUUAAGGAAAACUAAAACAAAAUGCUCCUGCAAAUGGUUAGUGUUUGUUGAUCCCACAGAGAAAAAGAAAGGGAGAGAGUGAAGAAGAGAUAAAGAGAGAGAGAGGGCAAUCGCAAGGAAGGACACAUGGAAUUUAUGAUAAUCCCUCUCCAAAUGAUAAAACAUUACGCCACAAACCAGGAAAGCAUUACAGUGUCCCGUUGGCAGAGUGAUGGCAGAUACUGGGUCAAAUCAAAUUUAAUGUAAAAUCGGUUAAAAUUUUGAAUCCGAAAACUAACCAACAAACGGUAGUUAUUUAUUGAAAACAAGAAAAAAACAAACGCAAGUUAGUAAGCCGCGGUUACUGAGAGAAUAGGAGGCGGCCAGGGCACGAACCGUCUACUAAGCACUAACGGCUGGCUCAUUCGAGUUCGAUUCGGGGGCCGGUGGUGUUGUGUAGCAGUGUUGUCAUGGUUGGGCGCGCAGAGAAAAGUGAGAUAAGUGGUGCCGUAGUAAAAGCAAAACCAUUCGAUUUAAAAAUUUAGCGAACGAGCAUGACAGGACACGGAAAAAACCAAGACAGAAAAACAAAACCGAAACAAGGACAACCAUGAUGCAAAAAAAGAAAAAUAAAACAAAUCAACCAUAUCAUUGAAUUUCAACAAAACCCUAAACUUUAAGCGGUCUAUCUCCAGUCGUUCUUAUUUACAUUCGUGGGAUUAUGCGCUGCUGUUAAAAC